GAUUGAUUUCCUUUCCUGGAGAACCUUUUGAGAAUUUUCAAGGGCAUGCUGAGCAGAUUUCCUAUGAUAGUGUGGGAAGAUUCAAAGUCAUGACCCCUCAUUGUCCCCAAGUUGGGAUUUAUUUGCCACAGUCCACAGGGCAAUAUGAAAUUUGUCUCCAAAUUCAUGCCAUCUUACCUCCUCAUAGUGUGUCCCUAGAAAGAUUCAGUAUGUUUUUAAGUGAAGUGCUUUCUUUGAUUUUCCAGUAUCUGUGUUUGGUAGAGAGUUGUACAGAAAAAUUCAAGGCUUCCAGUGACCGGAAAAAGCAUAUGAUCAAAGUUCAUGGUUAUCCAUCUGACUUUAGAUUUGACAAACCAAAGAAACCUAAAUGCAAUCAAAAGAAUCAGAGUUCACAUGACAUAGAAAUGGAAACAUCCAGUUGUCAAAAAGAAGCAAAUGAUACUUUCUGCAGAACAUCUACUGAAUCAAUGGAUUAUGCACCUGCAGAAACAAUGGAAGCUGACAGUCCAUCAAUGUCAGAAGAGAAAUCCAGUAUUCCCAAAGUGCAGCAAAGGCCUUCCUUCUCUUACAAGGUACCAACAACAAUUUGUUUUGGCCAUGGAUCAGUACGUGGCUUUAAGAAUACAAGGAAAAAGAAGUGAUCUGUAUUUCGAAAUAACUCGUCGCUGGAGAGUUCAACGUUGUACUAUUUACCGUCAAAGAUUUCACUUCUAAAUAUGAACUUGGAAGAACAUUUUGUCACAUUUCUCCUCGUGGAUUUGAAGAAUCUCAGCCUCUAAGAGGCAGUCUGAUGCAAUUAUUAGUCAUUGGGGACACAUGUUUUCUUUUAAAGAGAUUGCACUUCUCAGAAAACAUAUGUAUUUAUUAAUUACUGCCUAAAUAAGUGCUUUUCAUUUCCAUCCAUUUUUAUUAGAAACUAAUCAUUUCCAAGCCAUUUCCACUAUUUUUGGGAUAUUUCAAAUAAAAAAGUUGAAAUUAGAUUAUACCACACGUGAUUUCAAAUGAGAUGUUAAACCAAGGCCCAGUAUGCCUCCUCAUAUGGAUUAAAAAAAGAGCCCACAAUACUUUAGUGAGAAAAGAAGUGGAGCUAUCUCUGGUCUCCUAACCAAUAUUUAUCCCUCAAUCAACGUUCUGAAAAACACCAUCAGGUUAUUAUCACAUCGCUGUUUGUGGAAUCUUACUUUGUGCAAAUCGGCUGCUGCAGUUCCCACAUUACAAAAGUGACUACACUAUAAAAGUACAGCAAGCAUUUUAUUAACUGAUACCUAUGGGAUGAGGAGUGUGCCAAUUGAUCAAAUGUUCCAGAUAAUCAAGAGGUACACAUAACCGCAGUAAACCUUGAUGAAGCGAAUCUUUGAGACAUCAAUAUCUCUCAAAAAAAAUCUACGUAAAAGCAUCAUCACACCUAAAAUCAAUGUAAACAUCCACAGUAAGUAAUAGAAAUAUAAGGGGAGGGGGAAACACAUCUGUUAUACUUUGUUUACAGCAUAAAUGUUUGGGCAUGUUGUUAUUUGAGGUAAUUAUUUUUACCAGUUUAUCAAGAGUGCUGGUUGAUAAGGUGCCUGUUAAAAAGGUUUGCUCUAAUUCAUUGGCUUUGAGCUCUCAAGUGCUUUGAACUAUCUGUUGGUCCUGAACGAUGCUGUAUCAGUGCAAGUUUUAUUUUAAUUGGUAUCUUGCAGUCUAAAUAUUAAUUUCCUGGUUAUAUUUUCAGAUAGCUAAAAGGUACAAUUUUUUUUGUGAUUUGAUUACACGUUUGUGGUUCUUAACAGCGGAAAAAUAUUGAAUAUGCCAACAACUCAUGUUUCUGCUGCUUUGCUCAUUUGUUUUUACCAAAUGAAUCAAAAUACAUUUGAUUUAUUUCUGUUUAUUAUUUGGAUAUUCUUUAUUAAUAGGUAAGUCCUAAUUUUGAGUUUUUAGUCCAAUGGGUACUUGUCGCAGUAAAAUCCAAGGAGGAAGAGAUGUAACAAAGUGACGGGCUAACUGCAAUAAUGAUAUCGUUAUACAUAGAUGGAUAUAGUUAAAAAUAUUUUGCACAAUGUAUAAAAUAUGCAGCUGGCCCAAAUUUGUAACAAAAAGAAUUUGUCCUACUUUUAGUUAUAGACUGAAAUAAAGAAGAUAGUCAUUUCAAAUGAAAAGGCGGAAAUGUGGAGUUGAAGUUUAUCAGAGUAGCCAUGAUUUCUUUAAUGAUGGAGCAGAAUUGAUGGGCUGAAUGGCCUCCUUCUGCUCCUAUUUCCUAUAGUCAUAUUAAAUUAAAGCAAAUUGCUGCAGAUUCUGGAUACCUUUAAUAAAAACAGAAUGUGCUGGGGGGACUGAGUAGGUUUGGCUGCAUCUAUGGAGAGAGGAAUAGAGUUAACAUUUUGAAUCAAAUAUGAUUCUUCAGAAGUCUCAUGGGUCCUGAAAUGUUAAAUCCGUUUUUCUUGCUACAGACACUACCAGACUUAGUGGGUUUCUCCAGCACUUUGUUUUUAUUUAUGAUAAUUGAAUUAACCAUAUGAAAUAUAGAAUGGGGAAAAGUGUCACAGGAGCAACAAUAAAUUCAAAACCUGCAAAUUGA